UUUGCAUUACAAACAAAUUCAAGAAAUGAAGAAAACAAAAACAACCCACACCAUUUUUCCGGUGCUGUCGAGGCCAUGGCAACAUAUUGUUGGUGGAAACGGCGAUCGCAUUCAUUUAAACAGCAGCUGACCGUGAAUAAAUAUGGAAACACAGGACCACCAGAAAACUUCAAAUGAACUUCAGGAGCGACUUCAAGCUCUGACAGAAGAAAAUUUGCAGCUGCGUGACAAAAAUGAGCGCCUUUUCACCAAAGUGGGCUACCUGGAGAGCAGACUGGGCCACCUGGCCAGCUCCAACACAGAUCUGUCCUGCAGGCUCGUCCAGAGUGAAGAGGAAAAACUCAAGAUAUCGAAGGAGCUUGUGGAGGAGAAAAUUCUGACAAACAAGAUGAAAGAGCAGUUUGAAGAAGAGAAGUUUGAGCUGAAAAACAAGAUAUUGAACCAUGCUGGUGGAAUAACAGAGCUUGAGAUGGAGCGAGACAACUUGUUCAGGAAACUCCAGUCUGCUGAGGCUCGUCUGAAAGUGGGAGAGAAGAGCGGCCACGACCGGACAGAGGAGUACGCCUCACUGAAGAAGAACUACCUAGCUCUGGCUAAGGCCCAUGAUGAAGAGCUGGCCCAGAGUGAAGAGCUAAGUGCUGAGCUGCUGGCACUGGCCCAGGCCCAGGACGCCCUCCGUAGGCAACUGGAGGAGCAGCAGCAGAGUGUGAAGACCACCACCCAAGGCCUGCACGGUGAGCUGGACAGGGUUCGGGCCUUGAUCAGCCGCAUGUCGCGUAACAGACUCAAGCUUGAGGAUCUGGCAGCUUUGGACAAGGGGCAAAAAUCUAUGGAAAAAACUCUACUUGGAAACCAAGAUGAGAUCAAAGACAUGCUGGAGAAAAUGAAGAACAGCUACGAGGAGCAGCUGAAGAAACUGGAGGAGAAAGUGGUGGCAAUGGGGAAAGCCCACCAGGAGAUCGAGAGAGCGAUCCACAAUCGACAACAGGAACUAUUUGAGAAGAGUGUGGCCCUGAUGUGCUCCCAGAGCCAAGUGAAGGAGGUAGAAGAAGAGAACUCAAUGCUGCAGCUUCAAGUCAAAGAGCUGAAUGAGGAAUACCGUGCAAGGCUUGUGUGCUAUUUACAGGACUUAGCCAAGUACAUUGAUGGCGUUGGAGAAGGUAAAAGCCCUUCAGAGACUUCUGAGAUGAGGGCACACGUGGACAGCAUGCUCCAGGAUGUCCGUUCAUCCUACAGGGUCAGGGAGGAACAGCUCGCCUCAGCUGCUCGCUCCUAUAAGAAGAGACUUCAGAAGAUCACCAAGACCCAUCAUGCUCUCCUUAUUGCAUACAGGGUUCAGAGGGAGCUGGUCUUGACCAAACCAGAGAGCGGUCUUGACCCUGGACCACCAGAAGCCUGCUUCAUCCUGGAGCCCACUGAGCUCAAACAUGAAACUGAGAAGGAGCUCCAGCACCUCCGCCAGGACAAAGCGAGGCUGGAGGGUCAGCUGCAGGCGGCCCGCGAGCAGGUGGCUGUCUUAAAAAUGCCUAUUCCCAAUUUAAGUCAUCAGGAGUCGGCAUGCGAGGAAUCCUGGACGGACGUACGGAAACAGCUGAGGGAGAUCACAGACUCUACACUGCUGAACUCUGAGAAGGAGCGCGCCCUUCUCAUCACCAGAGCUACAGUUGCAGAGGCGCAGGUGUCUGAGUUGCAGGACUAUAUUGACAACCACCUGGGCAGGUAUAAAGAGGAAAUCUCCCAUCUCUGCAGACUGCAUGGGACGCAGGAGGCGGGUCGUUCCCAAAGUGCUAAUUCAUCACUCCAUUAAGAAAACUGGCCACAAAAUCUGAAUCCCAGUCAUGUAUUGCAAUGUAAUUUAACAUUACACAGUUUUUAAGUUAAAUCUCAUACAUAUUAAAUCUCAGGUUUAAACAUUUAUUUAAUUGAAAUCAUGCACAAACGGUAAGCUGGUUUUAUUCAAAUUAAAAUGGAUUCUUUUCUAGGUGGAUACUUGUUAUAUAUCUAUCCGAGUACCUUGUUUUGACCGGAGAAUGGAUGGUGUGUGUUUACUCCAUCACUAGGUGGUGCUGCUCAUACUGGUGGUUUUUGUAUGAAAGGCCCCCAAAGAAAUCCGGCCUUGAGAAAAAAAUGCCUGGAAUGUUUGUAAAGCUUAUGUCAAUUUCACGAGCUCGGCAGAAGAAAGCGUGGUGACAAUGAGGGGUCACCCUGGUGAGAAUAAUGUCAUUACAUGUUACCCAGACACAUACACGCCUGUGAAUACUUUCCCUCAGUGCCCGUGCUGAGAACUGUAGUGCAAACAAGCCAGGCUUUUUUCCUUUUUUUUUUCCAGGGUAAGGGUUCAUAUUUAUAACCCCAGUGUGUGAAUAGGCAUCUAUUCCGUUUAAAUCCCUUUAACAGUGAAUAGGUCUGCAUUUUUUCUCUAGUGUGUUUUGGUAGCUUGGUUUCAUGCCAUAGUGCGAUAGCUGGCGUAACUUAAACAUCCUUUAUGUAUAAAGUACUUUAAAAGGUGAAUUGUUUCGUUAAAAAAUGUCAGAAAGGGGUAUGUUGAGUUUACUGAUGAAAAGAUUUUUAAAUAAACUUGUUGCCAAAAUACUCUGGGAACGAUGGGAAAAGUAGAGGCAAUGGAAAAAGGCAUCCGCAUGUCACCCCAAUCCUCUUUUCAGGGGGCAUGCCAGCCGUGGGAGGGAGGGAGCAGGGGUGUGAAAGUUUGAGAGGAAUGGGAAGUGGGAUUUUGUUAGUAAUGCAUUACACUCCCAGGGCCCUGGGAAAAGGGGUGGAGGGGGUUCGGCUUGGGUCUGUGCCAACAUAGUCACUGUGCCAAAGCGCUGGGUGCUGGGGACCACUCCUCUUACCGGCAGAUCUGUGGGAAAAUCCAAACCAGGUUGCUCUUUGCUGCUCCGCCAACAAAGACAGAGUGAUGAUGUGCCUGCAGAGGCCACUGCAAACUUUUACAAAUACACUGAGUAGUAAUAACAAGCAAGAGAAGUAGUAGAAUAUGUAACAUUGCAAAUGCAUAGAGGACAGGUUGAAGUCUGGUGCACCGCAGCUGGUCCCCAAGGCUAGUGCCAAGUUUUCUUGGAGCAUUUUUGGAAAAGUUCAUUUUUAUGGUCUUUGAUCAACUUUUUUAUUAAUCACUGUAUGUGGUCACUGUUAUGAUAUAAAUACUGAUCAUAA